UUGCAAAACGCAGGGAUCAUUUCUCUUCUUACCGCUUUUUUCAUCCAAAGGUUCCAAAAGCGUUUAAUGAGGUCCCAAGAACAUGGAGAAGUGUCAUCGAUUGUUAGGGAUAAAAACGGUCAUAUUGACGAAGGUCACAACCAAGUGAUGUCCUCCGAGUCCCUGGAACCUUCCACGCACUUCGACAAAACAGCAUCUAUCAAGUACAUGGAAAAACAACACCAGAAAUCAUUCAAAUACUUCAGAAAAGAUAAUCGACUCCUCAGCGAAUCCGAUUGGCCAACCCAACAGGAAGAGUCGUGUGGGGUCGACACCGAUUGGCUCACGAAUACGUUAUCCUAUUUGAUUGGUCUGUUUUCAAAUGAUUUGAAUUCGGAAACUGCUUUGGAUGACACACGAUACCAGGAAGCGCUGAUUCUUCUUAGUGAAAGGUUAUCGACAGUGCAAGACGGGUUGCCGAGGGAGACACAAUUUUCAAACAGGAGAAGACUUUUCAAAAAGUUUGCCACUCAAAAAGAUAUAUUUCCAACGCUUAGAAAAAUGUUGGAGUUGCACCUAUGCUCUGGGUGGGGACAUGAAAAGUCGGACGAGGAAACAAAAGAGUACUCGCGGCUGUUGGCCUCUCAUAUCUCGCUUAUCAUGGUCAAUGGGACGGACAGUGACGUAGAUUUCGGGAAGGGGCUGAUUGGAGAACCUAGACUGUUGGAAGUUCUCAUCAUUUUUGUACACUCCAAAGGCAAGAAUUAUUUCAGGAAUGAACUGCAAGAUACAACCGAAUUCGUUCUUCUUCUUAUCAUCCAACUCUUUUACAACUGUUCCAUGGAUUACGCGAACAGGGACCGCCUGCGAGGAGCGGGAGUCCUCGAAGCCGUCAUCCCCUUCAUGGAGUCCAAGGACCAUCAAAUGGCCCUGGUGGCUCUCCUCUGCGUCGCCUAUCUUGCAGAUGAGGAACAGAGCGGGGUCUUCCGGGCGAAUAAUGUUGCGCCGAUGCGCCUGCUCUUGUCUCGAAUCCGAGAGGCUGCCGUUGAUGUUGACAAGCGGGAUUCUAUGGGUUGGCAUGCUACAGAACUCCUCAAAGGGCUAGGACGUCUUGCGUUAAAUGAUGCCAACAAAACCCUCAUCGCAGACGCUGAGUUUGUUCCUAUCCUUCUAGUCAUGGCCAAAGAGGAUCGUUACCCUGAUGAGCAGUUUGAAGCCAUGGAUAUCCUUUGGACGUUAUCCUUCGACGAGACUGCCAGACUCAUCACUGGGAUUGGCAACCAGAAGGAAGCGAUUGGUCUGUUCGGACGCCUGGCGUCCAAUGAGAGUCAUCCCUGUAAGAAGACGGCCGAAGGCAUACUAUGGAAUAUCAGGGGAGGUUGCCCAGCAUGCGCGGUACCCCAGGAGGAUAUUGAAGACAAUUUCGAUAAAACCGACUCGUCAAAUCAACCGUACAUCAUGAUGAGCUAUCAAUGGGAUAGCCAGGAGCUGGUCCUGAGAGUGAGAGACGUGCUGCGGUCACGAGGCUACAAUGUCUGGAUAGACGUCGAGAGGAUGGCGGGCUCCACGCUGGAGGCGAUGGCCCGGGCAGUCGAGGGAGCGCAUGUAGUUUUGCUCUUCUUCUCCAAGCGGUACAAGGAUAGCCAGAACUGCAGAGCAGAGGCCGAAUACACUUUUAAGACUAAGAAACCCUUCAUCCCCGUUCUGGUGGAGCCAAAUUACGCUGCCGAUGGAUGGCUUGGAAUCAUGCUGGGAGUCAAACUCUAUUACGACUUCAGCCGAGAGGACAUCAUUGCGGACAAGAUGGCCGAGUUGGGCAAGGCCUUAGACUGCGGGCAGCAGUCCAGGAUGGCGCAGGAAGGUCCCGACACUGCUAUAAAUGUUACAGAUGGGAAAGAAGACAAGACGAUUUCUACCAAAUUGUUGUCGACAGCAUCAAAUGCAUGUAGCAUGGCUUCAAAUUCUCCUUAUACAACUUUGCAUCAUCAACCCUGUGCCUUUUGGCGGGAACAUAUUGGAUCACAGACCCCCAGCGUGAAGGGCUGGGACGCUGGAAUGGUGUCGGACUGGAUGAAGGAAAGCAGUCUGGAUAGGGAAAAACUGGGUCAUCUGACAGGACGCCACCUACAUUUCCUCUGGAGAAUGAAGCAGGAUGCGCCAUCAAGCUACUAUAAAUUUAUCGAAGAGAACCUUCGCCUGACGAAUAUUGACCACAUGGCAACACUGACAAAUGCUCUGGAGGAAUUGUAA